GUUAGAACAGAUACACGGGGUGAUUUCUCGAAGUGGCCCUGCAGCUUCCGCAGAAUGCUUUAGCAGGAAAUCCGCGUCGGCAUAAAUCAGGCUAGUUACCGACCGUUCGGACUAACGGAUGAGCCGACUGUUCUGAUUUCUAUACGAGAGAAUGUUCAGGAUGGGCCCGCGAUCCCAAUGGUGCGUAUCUCUCAUACGCAUGCCACGUCGUCACGUUUGCUGAGACUCUCCAUCAGCAAUUUUCAAACCAUAUCCGUUCUCCCGAUCGCCCCGACGAACUGAAAUGAACUGAACUGAACGGAACGUCUUCUCCAUGGAAGCGAAACCUUUCUGACAUACUCUCCAUCUCCUCCACAGCCGUCCAAUCGCAAUGUCUUCCAACAACUGUCGGAUAUAUCGUCUCUCGAUUAUUCUCCUCCAAAUUGAACGUGUACGGACCCCUAUCCCGUGAUCAAUGUGGUCAGGAUCAGGAAAAAGGUGGGGCCCACGUCCACCUUUUCUGGCCGAACGAGAAAAAUCCAUUCUGCUCGGCCUGGCAUAAACUACCUUUUCAAUUCGCGAUGUUGGAUUCCACUGCUUUUGCUCCACUAUUGACCUUCUAUUCAUAUGAAUUUAGGCCUACAGAUCGAAAAUUAGGGUUUUUUAGAUGUAAUCCGAAGCGAGGAAGCUGCAGAAUUGAAAAUUUGAGAAAGAUCGAUGGUGUAGAUCCUCUGAAGCCGUUGAUUGAUUGUGAUUCAGAUUUGAUUACCGCACGUUUUUACGGGUUUGGUUGUAGAACACCGAAACUAGGGUUAUUGAGAUUUGAUUUGAAACCAAGGAGUGGAAAUGUGGCGUGUGGAAAGAUCGAUGGUGGAGGGUUUCCGGAAUCGUUGGAUGUUGGUAAUUUAGAUGGGGUGGGUAGUAAGAAUGGAGGAAUUAGGUUCAUCAAAGGCGGUUUUGAGGAAAACAGGGUGGGCAGUCGACAAGAGAUGUUGGGAAAGAUCGAUGGUGGAGAUUAUCCAGGACCACUGGACAUUGGUGGUUCAGAUCGGGUUGGUGAUAGUAAUGGUGGAAUCCAGUUCGUUAGAGGUGGUUUGGAAAGAAGAAGACAGGUAAGCCGAAAAUCGGAGAUGUUUGGACCGGAGCAUUAUGGCAAUGGAUGUAAUUUGAAGCCACCAAGGUAUGGAAGCAAGCUGUUGGGAAAUAUCGAUGGUGGAAAUCCUCCGAAAUCUAUGAAUGUCAGUAAUUCAGACAGUAGGGAUAGUUUUGAGAACGAUAGAGGUGAUUUAAAAUUGAACAGUAGAGAGGUAGAUCCGAGUUUGGGGAUCCUUGGGGCCGAAAAGUCUGAUCUUUUUGAUGAAGUUGUUACGGAGAAAGAAGAGAAGGGUUUUGAAUAUGAGAAGUGGAGUAAAGACAGGGAAGCAGAAGAUGGUCAUCUGAAUCAGAAAAUGGGUUCCAAGGCGGAGAAGUCAACAGUCGAUGGGGUGGACUUAUCGGACUCUUCAAGUUUUGAUUUUCUAGAGUUGAAGAGAGAUUUGGAAGAUGGGCAGAGGGCUAGGAGUUCAGGAGCUCAAGAGGACAGUGAUUUGGUCCCUUCCGAGAGUUCUAGAAGGAGAGGUGUGGAAUCUGAGGAGGUUGGGGUGCAUUUGAGAAGCCAAAGGCAGGUGUUGAGAAGAUCCAAUAUGAUUGCAAAGCAAGUGAUUAGCAUGCAAUCUGCGCUUAGCUUGGGUUUUGUCUCACAACUUUGGGUUGACACAAGAUCGUGGGUGGUACUUUUGGUGGAAGUCAGGCCUAGCAUGCUAUCUGGAGAAAUGGAAAGGUUUCUCCUGGAGGAUGUAUGCCGGGUAGGGGAUGUUGUGCUUGUCCAGGAUGAGAGUGUCAUGGAGAAUGAACUUAAAAUGAUUGGCCUGGACACUUUGGUGGGAUACAAUGUCAUGACACCUGGCUGUCGCAAUGUUGGGAAGGUGCGAGGAUAUACUUUUAACAUUAACUCGGGAGCAUUGGAAUUGCUUGAGCUCGACUCCUUUGGGAUUUCCAUUAUUCCAUCUAGUUUGGUGAGCACAUAUGGUUUGUUUGUUGAGGAUGUGCUCGAAGUCACGUCUGACACGGUUGUAGUGCAUGAAGAUGCAGCCUCUCGCAUUCAAAGACUAACAAAGGGUUUUUGGGAUUCUCGAAAUACGGAAUUUACUGGAGAUGAGCAAGGGGAAUAUUCUUAUGUCCAAAGGUGGCCUGCAAGAAGUGCUCGUCGUCGAGGCAGGCCAAAAGAUUUUGGGGCCCAAAAAUUCGUGUCCAGGAGGGAAACUGCUGAUGAUUGGGAGCUUCCCAUGGAUUAUUAAUGAUACAUUGCAACCCCCCCCCCCCCCCCCCCCUUUUCGUUUGUAUAUAUACUACAACAAGAGAAAAUCUUUGAUACUCUGGCAGCACUUAAGGUCUGUUUGGCAGGGGAUACCUUGUACUCGGUAUUAAGUUUAAUCUUGAUUUUUGGCAGGCCCCACACCCUCCACAUCCGAUUUGCAAUGCUAUAGUGGCAGUUUUAUCUGUAUAAUUGCAAUUAGUGGUAUUUUAAAGAUUUUUUAGAUUUUUUUUUUCCUCCUAAAUCUUCCAUAAUUGCCUUUAUGCAGAGGAAAGUGCCGCUUUAGUGUAGCAAAUCCAACUUGGGGGGCAUGGGCCUACGAAAAUAAGAUUUUGCUUAAUCUUGAUUUUGUAGGAUCCCAUGCCUAAACAAUCCUUGAGAAAUUACUUCAAAAUUGCUUAUGUAGCAUACAAUCCAUUCUAAUUAGACUUGAGAAAUUAUGGCUCCCGGUUUAGCUGUAUCAUGAACCAAAAGUUACAGUUUUUGAUUACCUGACUAUCGGGUUGGUGGACAUUUGUUGGACGGUUGAUAUUUAAAAAUAUCCAAUGGUCCUACUUUAACAGACAAGCGUUCACGAAUCAGGGUUUAGGAUUGUUCAACCCAAUCUGAUUCUGGGACUGUGACUUGGGUUCAUGAGAAUCGGUUUAAUUUCAGUUAAUGUAUGCCACAUAUACAAUUACUGAGUGCCUGCAUAUCAACUCUCAUACCUUGCCAGAGUAUCAUAUUACUCUCCUUCUAACAUAUCUUUCUCUAGAAAUAAUAACACUACUGUAAAAUGUCAGUUAUCAUCUGAUAAGUUUGUUCCAGGAACUCAACUGUUUUAUUUGUUGAGUAAUGUCAUUACAAGUGAGGACUUGGCAUA